CAUCAUACUAAACUCACUCAAUUCCCAUAGAAACAAAUUAAACCUCUUUCUCUUUGCAAAUUCUAAGCUACUUCUUCAUCUUCUUUUACUACUAAUCAUGUCUUGCUGCGGAGGAAAGUGCGGGUGUGGACCUAACUGCGGCUGUGGGAGCAGCUGUAACGGGUGCGGCAUGUACCCAGAUCUUGAGACCUCUAGCACUGGAAGCCUCGUCUUAGGCGUUGCACCUCAGCAAUCAUUCUCCUCUGGUUCAGAGAUGGGAGCUGAAGGAGGUGGUUGCGGUUCAGGUAGCUGCAAGUGCGGCUCAGACUGCAAAUGUGGUUCUGACUGCAAAUGCUAGUAAAAGCCAGACAGUCUCCAUGUUUUUACUUUGUUAAACUUAAUUAACUAGUGGUGGAAGGGGUUUAAUGAUCCAUGAGUUGAUCUGUAUCUUUAUGUUGUUGGUGUAAAAAUAAAAAGUAGUAUGUGUGGUUGUCAUAACCAUUACAUACCUACUUAGUCAUGUGUUUUCUUCUUAAUCUAUGUUGAUUUUCUUGUUAAAUCAAGAAAAGUUAAUCAGUUUACUGUGUUCAGUUGUAAGGGUUAAUUUGUCCAUGUGGUCAGUGAUAGAGGAGGACUCCUUAAAUAAUUCCCGUCCAAUGAAAUUAAACUUUUAAAACUA